AGAAAUUUCUGGCUCGAUUCCAUUCGGGCCUGGUCCGGCUCGGCUCGGUUCACAUCGAGAUCACGGGCGAUGGGCUCCAGACUUGGCAGCCAGCACUCCAGGUGCUGGCAGCUGACGGCAGUCGAGCAAUCUCUGCUUGCGGCAGGGCACGGCAGUGGACCCAGGCCUUGGAGCUUUGGCGCGCGAAAUCGGAUGAGUUCGGCCACUCCAGCCUCGUCAGCGCCUGCGCGAAGUCGCAGGCCUGGGGCACGGCGAUCGCAGUUCUCAGGUGUCUGGGGGAACGAAGAGCUCGGCUGAACACAGUGGUGCAGAAUUGCGCGCUCAACGCAUGUGGCCGAGCUGUGAAAUGGACAGGCGCCUUAGAUAUUCUCUGCAACUUGCAAAGGCGCAACUGGGCGGAUGUGUUCAGCUACAGCAGUGCAGUGAGCGCCUGUGAAAGGGUAGGCGCAUGGCAGGAAGCUCUUGCAAUCCUGCGUGCAAUGGAGCGCCUGGAGGUGCUGCCAGAUAUCAUGACGUACAACAGCGCUAUCAGCAGCUGUGCCAAAGGCACGCACUGGCAAGGCGCGCAGCACUUGCUUGCGUCAUUGGCCACAUGUCGCGUACGGCCGGAUACCAUCAGCUUCAGCAGCACGAUCACGGCCUGUGAAAAGGCCGGCCAGUGGCAGCACGCGCUCUCGCUCUUGGAGCGGAUGAGUCUGAGCAAGGAAGGUCCAGAUGUGAUCGCGUGGAGUAGCACCAUCAGCGCCUGCGAGAAAGCCGCGCGCUGGAGGGAGGCCUUGCACCUGCUCUUCAGCAUGCGCCAGCGACGCGCGCGAGCGGACAACAUAUGUUUUGGAAGCACAAUCAGUGCCUGUGCACGAUCCACACAGACGCCCUUGGCCAUGGAACUGCUUGAUUGCAUGGCCUCCUUUGGUCUGCAGCCAGAUGCCAUCAGCUAUUGCAGCGCAAUCACUGCAUGUGAGAAAAGUGGCGACUGGCCCUUCGCCCUCUGGCUUCUACGCUUAGCCCUGGGCGUGGGCGCGGGGACGGUGGCCUUUAGCUCCGCGGUGAGCGCCUGCGGCGCGGGCGGGCAGUGGCAGAGGGCGGUGGCGCUGCUGCGGUGGAUGGCCCUUGCCCAGGUGGCGCCAAACCGAGUGACCUUGAAUGCUGCCAUCAGCGCCUGUGAGAGCUGUGGCGAGUGGAGCGUCGCACUGGGACUCCUUGUGUCAAUGGGCGGCGGCAUUGGUGCUGACGUGGUCAGCUACAACAGUGCCAUGAGCGUGUGCGAGAAAAGCUCGCAGUGGCAGCAAGCUGCGCAGCUUCUGAGCAGUAUGCCGGCGGCUCGUUUGGACCCCAACGUCAUCAGCUAUAGCGCGGCGCUCAGCGCGUGCGCGCGCUCGUGCGCCUGGCGCAGCGCGCUGGGGCUGCUGGGCGCAAUGCGCGCGAUGCGGCUGGGGCCCAACGCGGCCUGCGCCGCGCACGGGACCGCGGCAGUGGAGCAAGGUGCUCAGUUUGGAUGGAUGCUCUGGCUAAUGAGAUCCGGUGAGCUGAGCGUGCUGGGAGCCUUGAGGCAAUGCUUCUCCGGGGUGUGAGACACGUCAAACCGAU